UGAGUCGAAAACAACCCCUCCUUACAAACACUGUUUUAAGAUGACGAGAGGGCUACGGAGGUCAGAGGUCAAACUAUAAAGGCGAUGGGGAGGGAGCGAGCUACACACUCACACGGCGCACAGUUAACAGACUCACUACAGAGGGAGAAGACCGACAGUGACAGUAUUUUUUUUUCACCUUCAACAUGUCAAAAGUUUUCAAGAAGACCAGCGGCAACGGACAUAUUGCCUUGUACUUAGGGAAGAGAGACUUUGUGGACAAUGUGGAUUCGGUGGAAGUGGUCGAUGGAGUUGUUAAAGUGGAUCCCUCUGGACUCGAUGGGAAAAAAGUAUUCGUAUACCUUGCUUGUGCCUUCCGCUACGGAAGUGAGGAUUUGGACGUGAUCGGGCUGUCCUGCAGGAAAGAUAUCUGGAUAAAUCGCGUUCAGGUGUAUCCGCCCACAGACGGCAAUGCAACAAAAUCACCGAUGCAGGAAUCCCUCCUGAAGAAAGUCGGAGAGCAAGGGUAUCCCUUUGCCUUCCAGAUGCCAACGAACCUCCCCUGCUCAGUUGCCUUACAACCUGGGCCGAAUGAUUCUGGCAAGGCUUGCGGGGUGGACUUUGAGGUCAAAGCGUACAUCGCCAACGAAGCAAACAGCGCUGACGAAACCAUCGUGAAAAAGGACACUUGUCGCCUAAUGAUUCGAAAAAUCCAGUUUGCACCAACCAAAAACAACGCCGGAGCCAAGGCGGACAUCACCAAGCAGUUCAUGAUGUCGGACAAACCCAUUCACAUGGAAGCCUGCCUCGACAAAGAGGUCUAUUACCACGGCGAUCCCAUCACUGUUAGCGUAAAAAUCAACAACGAAACCACAAAAGUGGUGAAGAAAAUCCAAAUCAUAGUCGAGCAGCUGACAAAUGUGGUGCUGUAUUCCUCUGACACUUACACGAAGCCCGUCUGCACAGAGGAGUUUGGGGAGACAAUUAACGCGAACUCCACAUUCGAGAAAACCUUCCGAGUGACCCCGCUGCUGGCCAACAACAAAGAGAAGCGCGGACUGUCAGUGGACGGGAGGCUAAAAGACGAGGACACAAACCUGGCCUCCACUACCUUGAGUCAAGAUAAUAAGGAGAUGCAGGGAAUUCUCGUGUCAUACAAAGUCAAAGUCAACCUGAUGGUGUCUGGAGGAGGCCUGCUGGGUGGCCUUACAUCGAGUGACGUCACGGUCGACCUUCCGUUGACGCUGAUGUCCCCCAAGCCAGCAGAAGUCCAAUUGGACUAAAGGCCUCUUUAGUUCAGAACGGACAUCGCCAUCGAGCCAAUGGAUGGAUAAGACGUCGCCAUGAUAUAAACAGCAGAACAACAAUGGAAGCAGACGGCUGUGAAGGACAAACAACAGGGCCCUC